UAGAAAUCGAGAAUUUUAGAAUAAAUUUUUAUUUUAGUUAUAAAAACAGUUAUAGAAAACCUUAAACUCAAUUUUUACAUAAAUGAAAAUCAUUUGAAAUGUAAGGACUAAAGUUGAUCCGGUGCUUGAGGGAGUGGAGAGAGGUCUCAGGGAAGGAAAUGUCAAGAAACUUGGAGAAGAACUAUCUAUGUAAUAUUCAACUUAGCUUAUUUAUGAACUCAACACUAACCACUAAGCAGAAUAAUGGUGUAAGAUAGAGAGUGGAAAAAGCAGAAACAGAAUGGAGGUGGGUAGAGAAGAAACAGAGGAAAGUGGUAAAGGAACAUGGAAGCACGCUGCUUUUCAUGUUGCCACCACUAUUGCCACCCCUGCUGCUUAUGCCCCUUUGCCCUUCGCUCUUGCUUCUCUCGGUUGGCCUCUUGGUGUGACUAGUCUGGUGAGUGCAACACUAGCCACCUGGUACUCUAGCUUUUUGAUCGCUUCUUUGUGGAAAUGGAAUGGGGAAAAGUACCUUACCUAUAGACAUCUUGCACAUAGUAUUUUCGGUUGGUAUUAUAUAUUGAUUCAUUGGCAUGUUGGUUUUACUGAUAUACAAAAAAGACUGCAAAUACUUGCCUCCUCAUUGUGAAGUUCCUAAAUUUUUUUCUUACUAAUUUGUAAUAUCAACCAUACGCAGCUAGCCUCCAUAGUUCAUAGGGAAGUGUAAAAUGAAGGCAGCCCGUAGGCUCAACAAGUGUAGAAAUCAGGUUUUAUUUAUGCUUUACUGUGCUCAAAACAGAUUUAGGUCCUAUUUGGAUAAAUGUUUCCGUAAGUACUUAUUGGAGGAUAAAAUAAGAAGAUAAAAUGAAUUGAGUUUUUCUUAUAAACUAAAAUCAACUUGUGUACUUCAGCUCUUGGAGAAGUUAAAUGAGUGAGUUUCUAUAAAAGUUGAGUGUAAAAGUUGAUUUUAACUUAUGGAAACAACUUAUUUUCUUCUCUUACUAACAGAAGAUUUUUUAAAUAGGGCCUUAGCCUAUAUUACCUAUGCAUACAUAUAAUUAUGCAGAACCCCUUAUUUUGUACAUAGUAUUUAGUUUCUCUGCUCAUAGCUAUAAUGACUGUCAUAUUCAGUACUCAAAUGUUUUCUUUGCAGCUUUGUGCUAGCUGAACUCCAUAUUAUCCACAACCAUGGUUCAUAAUAGAUUCUUGACAUUUUGUUUAUUGAUUCCUGAAGGAUUCUGGGGGUACUGGUCUAUUGCCUUUUUUCAGCAGGUAGCUUCUCUGGGAAAUAACAUUGCCAUCCAAAUUGCAGCUGGAAGCAGCCUUAAGGCAGUUUACAAGCACUAUCACGAGAAUGGAGCAUUGACCCUGCAGCAUUUCAUUAUUUUCUUUGGAAUCUUUGAACUACUUCUCUCCCAGCUCCCAGAUAUUCACUCACUGAGAUGGGUAAAUGCAUUGUGUACUUUCAGCACAAUUGGCUUUGCUGGUACAACCAUUGGUGUUACCAUUUACAAUGGUAAGCUGAUGAUGGAUCUUCUUCUUCUUGUCUGUCAAAGCCUCAACACCUAAUUGGUUCCUUCUCUUCAUUUCGUGGUGAUAAAAUCUUUAAUCUUUUGGUUCCAACAUCUCUUAGGGAAGAAAAUUGAUAGGACAUCAGUAAGAUAUAGCUUGCAGGGUAGUUCUGCUUCUAAGUCCUUCAAUGCCCUUGGGACCAUUGCUUUUUCAUUCGGUGAUGCAAUGCUUCCAGAAAUACAGGUAUCUAAUAUUUCUAAAUUGUUAACAAGGUUUUAAGUUGCGGUCAUGGGCUCGUCUUGAUCCUUGAUGUUGAGGGAGUUUAUGGACAAAUGUGGCUGAUAACAAUUGUGAUCGUAGAGACUCCAAAAAACCUUAGUGUUGUGGCUGAAAUCGCAGGCGCAGACCGGUUUUUAAAACCUUGAUUGUAACAUGGCAUUUUGUGACACUGUAUUCCUUUUCCAGAAUACGGUGAGAGAACCUGCAAAGAGGAAUAUGUACAAAAGCAUAUCAGCAGCAUAUACCGUCAUUGUUUUGACUUACUGGCAAGUGGCCUUCUCUGGAUACUGGGCUUUCGGAUCAGAAGUCCAACCUUAUAUUUUAGCUUCAUUGUCUAUCCCAGAAUGGACUGUUGUUAUGGCAAAUUUAUUUGCAGCGAUUCAAAUAUCUGGAUGCUUUCAGAUAUACUGCAGGCCAACAUAUGCCUGUUUUGAGGAAACAAGGGGUUCCAAGUCCAACAAAUCAACUAGCCAUUUUCCUUUUCCCCUCAGAAAUCGCCCGGCACAACUUAUUUUUACUUCCAUCUUCAUGGUUCUUGUUACUCUUAUUGCUGCAGCUAUGCCCUUUUUUGGAGAUUCUGUGUCUAUCUGUGGGGCAAUUGGGUUCACUCCUUUGGACUUUGUGUUCCCCGCUUUAGCAUACCUUAAGGCAGGAAGAACGGCCAAUAACUCCAAACUUGGCCUUUUGAUGCGACCAUUAAAUAUUUUAAUAGCUACCUGGUUUUCAAUCGUUGCUAUCUUGGGUUGCAUUGGUGCAGUCAGAUUCAUAAUGGCAGAUAUCAAGAACUACAAGUUCUUCCAUGAUAUGUAAGAAUUUUGGACUACCCCAUAAAUUAUUUUCACCUUUUUCUCUUUGGGUAAGUUGUACUUUACCCUACAUUUUUUUUUUUUCAAAUCAACUAAGUACAGCAACUACAAAUUAUACAUUUUAUACCCUCAUAGUUUUUAAAGUGUAUAUGUACACUUCAUGGUCUUGAUCCCGCUUGAAAGAUUCAGAAACAGCACGCUCAUAUGCCCCCAGAAAUUAUUCCAUGGUUCCGGACCACCAUAUCAGCUUGUGGUCCGGACCAAUAAUAGCUCAAGACAUGGAUUAUUUUAGAUUUAUUCUCUAAGCCACACAUGUAAUAAUUUUCUUUAAAAGAAAUAUAACAUGAUAUACUGUAUUCUCUGGUGCUUUCUUGUCUCCAGUUUACAUAUAGAAUUCAUUUUUCCCCUGUUAAUUGUUUUUUUUUUCCUGAAGUUUACCCAUUGUCCCAACCACUUGCAAGUUUAAUAUC